GCAAGAUUGGUUCUAUUGAAUACGGACGACAAGUUGAAAGUCCACGAAAAUGGCGGCCGUCGAAUUUAUAACAGAGAAUGCUGGAACGUUGCUCGUCUUCGUAACCACCUUUACCAUAGUCUUAACCUUCCUGAGGAACAGGACCAAGACUGGCUUCAACAUCCCCAGAGGACCGACCGCACUUCCUUUCUUCGGAAAUCUAUUUUCGCUGAAACCCCACGAUGAAUUUUUGGAUUCGCUUGUGGGCUGGAGCAAGGAAUAUGGUUCCAUUUACUCACUGUAUCUAGGUCGAAAGCUCAUAUUGAUCGUCAACGGAUCUGAAGCUGUGAAAGAACUCACCUGUAAGACUGGUUUGGACUUCGCAGAUCGAGGCGAGUCUGUUGCUUUCCUCGCUCUCAACCCCAAUCGACUAGGUCUCUUCGACACACUGGCAGAUGAGGAAUGGAAACGCCAAAGAAAAUUCGCCCACACCACCCUACGUGGCAUGGGCUUCGGCAAGGUAUCUCUGGAGCCCCUUAUCCAAACAGAGGCCAGACAUGUUAUCAGCUACUUCAAGACCAAAGUAGGAUCCUUGCUGGACCCGAGCGUCGCUUUCAGUGUCACCUCCUCCAACAUCAUCAACAAACUGGUGUUCAAUCGUCGGGUCGACCACGGCUCCGAGAGCGGGGACGAACUGGUGAGGCAUGUACGGAACCUGAUGGUGAGUGACGAGGGAGCAGUGCUAACUCUCUUCCCUUCCCUCUGGCCCGUGAUGAAAUACGCUGACUCGAAAUGGACGAAGCUCUAUGAUUCAUGGGCACACAUCGAGUCCUUUUUCCACCAGGAGAUCAAAAUUCGAGAGGACAGAAUUGAUGCCUGUAAAGGCGAGCUGGAGGCCAGCGAUUUCUUGACCGCCUACCUUAUUCACCGUCGCGCAGACCCAGAGGGCUAUUCACUGGAAGCCCUGGACUUCGUUCUGGUUGACCUGUUCUUGGCUGGAACCGACACUGUAUCGACUACACUGACAUGGGCGGUCCUCUACCUCGUCAGUCACCCAGAGAUUCAGCAGAAAAUCCAUGACGAGAUCAUAAAUGAAAUCGGCGACAAAGAGGUCUCAAUGUCGCAUCGCUCUGGUCUAACCUACACCCAAGCAGCUCUGUUAGAGGUCCAACGCCUGGCCACCGUAGCACCCCUGAUACCGCGGGAGUCAUCCAGGGAUGCCGUUCUUUGCGGACACAAGUUACCCAAAGGAACAACUUUGCUCAUCAACCUAUGGUCUCUUCACUAUGACCAGGACGUGUGGAAAGAUCCUAAGCAGUUCAACCCUGACAGGUUCUUGAAUGAUGAUGGCACCCUUGUCAAACAACUCGAGAGUUUUUUACCCUUCUCUGCUGGAAAACGCAUGUGCAUGGGAGACCAGCUGGCGAAGAUGGAGCUGUUUCUUUUCUUCACCAUGAUCGUUCAGCAGAUCAAGUUCUCUCUCCCUCCUGGUGCCGACCCACUCCCGAUGGAUGGUCUCUUGGAGAUUGCCCGCAAGCCUAAACCUUUCCAGGUCCAGGUCUCUGCAUGGUCUGACUAGAAAGACAGAUGGUUCAGCAGAUUAAGUUUUCUCUCCCUCCUGGUGCCGACUCACUCCCAAUGGAUGGUCUCUUGGAUCUAGCCGCAAGCCUAAACCUUUCCAGGUCCAGGUCUCUACAUGGUCAGGCUAGAAAGACAGAUGGUUCAGCAGAUCAACUUCCCUUUCCCCUCUGGUGCCGACCCACUCACAAUGGAUGGUCCUUGGAUCUGGCCCGCAAGCCUAAACCGUUCCAGGUCCAGGUAUCUCCAUGGUCUGACUAGAAAGAUAGAUGGUUCAGCAGAUCAAGUUCUCUCUCCCUCCUGGUGGCGACCCACUCUCAAUGGAUGGUCUCUUGGAUUUGGCCCGCAAGCCUAAACCUUUUCAGGUCCAGUGGGAUGUUGCACACGGAUCCCAAGUCGAACUUAACUCUAAGUUAGACUUAAACAUUAUGGAGAGCCGUUAGUAGCCUUAAAUAAAGUAAAUGCAAAAGCCAGAAUUCAAGUAUUUUAAACUUUCCACAUCAAGCAAAUGAAAUCUCCUUGAGAAAAGUUCAACUUAUGAUCUUUGUAAAACACCACCCAGGUAUCUGCAUGGUCAAACUAGAAAGACAGAUUCAUGGGAGCUGUUGAAAGAUCUUUGAAUUAGAAGCACAUCGUCCUCACGGUCUGUUGAGAGCCAGAAGGGCAUGAACUCUUAUCAUUUAGCACAACAUGAAUGCCGUUCUGAAUCUCAACAGAGUGACGUUCUGUAUAUUUGAAUAUUGUAACUCGUUUUCUAUAUAUUUUAAAUUUUAAAUAUUGUAACUAGUAGGUAGACAUUUUAUUUACUGACAAUCAUUUGUGCUAUAGUAGUGAAUGGUGGCUUGUUGAUUGGUAGAUUAUAAGUUAUUAUAUGGUAAUAUAUAAUGUAUGUUAUAUACCACAUACCAAGAAACUUGCAACACAAUUGGUCUAAAUGACGUCACAUGACAAAUGAUAGACAGCAUAUCUUGACAGUCAUAGUGAUAGUGAAAACUAGUGCCUUUUUAGCUGAUGCCGCAUAGACAUUAUUUUAGGGACUUAUCGAUUUGCGUGGACAUGGACGUGGACGUGUGACUUCCUUUUAAGUCACUGGCAGUCACGUGUGGCGUCCUUUUAAGGCACUGGCAGUGUCAUAAAUGAAGUGCAAAUCGAAAAGGAUACAGAUAUUGACUGCUUAUAGAGGGGCAAUAUAACAUUUAA